UUGUUACAAUCAAUUCUACAUUAGAACUUUCAUAGGGUGUUGCACUAACAUGCUUUAAUCUACGUUUAACGUAAAACUCGGUUUUUCAAUCCGUCUCAUACAUUUUUCAUAACAUUGGAGGUCUCGAACGUAGGAAAUUCUGUUUCCAUGUUUCUAUUUUUUAGACAGGCACAAUUUCAAUUAAAAGAGACUUGACAGCAUUUAUAAAAUUAAUCUGAUGAUCUUUGUCUUUUUGGAGUAAAACUUAAAUCAGUGGACAUGGUUUUAUUUCUUAUUUACUGUUAGGUUAGAAUUCACCCAUUUGCCACAUAAAAUCAGAUGAAAAUUCCUUAGAUUUUCCAUGAAAACUUUCGUUUUACUAAACCUCAAAAUUGAAAACAAGCUGGAUGCAACAUCUAAAAUCUUAACUAUUUUAUUUUUUAACCUUUUUUAAAACUUGGUUUAGCCUUAACGUUGGUACAACAACUCAUAAUAAUUGUUUGCUAUGUGUUUCUUUAAAUAUGCGCUUAAUUGGGUUCAUGACAAAUUAGCCAUUCUCGGUCCCCCGGCCAUGUAUUGCGAAAAAUCUUCUACGUAUCAGCAAUGGACGAACGGUCCCUAUAUAUUUGGUCGAUUUUUCUGAGUUAAAUAGUAGAAGAAGAGCAUGUUCAGCGGUUCUAAAAUUCGAUUUGUUGAUUCAGACGUUAAUUUGAAAAUAUUACCCUUUAGUUCUAAUAAUUAAUAAACGAAGGCGGUGACUAAAAUCAAAAUUUCGUUAUCAGCCCUAUCAACACCUAAAAUAGCAACCCAGUACAGAUGUUUUCAACACCAGAAGAUCCAUCUCCUGUUGGAUUUAAUUCAAAUUAUGCUACUCCAAAAAGCAACAGCAAAGCUUUACGAAAUUUAAAAAAGUCGCAUAAUUCUGUUGAUACUCCAGAUUGCUUUAGCAAAGUGAUAUUAGAAACGCCUAAUAAAAGAGCUCGGAGUAAGGAAAAAGUAGAUGAAGUUAGCAACUUAAUAGUAGCUGUUAGAAUAAGACCUAUGAAUUUACAUGAGUCAAGUAUCGCAGGAGUUGAAAAUAUCGUAAAAGUGAAAAAUCAGGAGUUGAUUAUUUCAUCAAUGAAAAAUCAGCAUGUAAUUACGGACUAUGUUUUCAAUUACGACCAUGUAUUCUGGUCAGUGCAUGAGAAUGAUUCUGUUUAUGCAAAUCAAGAAGACGUUUUUUUAACAAUUGGUGUACCGUUACUGAAUAAUGCCUUUCAGGGAUUCAAUGCCUGUUUGUUAGCCUAUGGACAGACAGGUUCUGGAAAAAGUUUUAGUAUGAUGGGCAAAAGUAUGUGUGAAAUAGAGGAUAUAGAAUCUGAAGUGUAUUCAGGAAUUACUCCUCGAUUUUGCCGGGAAUUGUUUAAGAGAAUUUCUGAACUGAAAAAUAGCAAUGCAAGUGUUGAAGUGAGUUAUUUUCAAAUAUACAAUGAGAAAAUACAUGAUUUGCUGUCUACUAAUGCCAACUUUACCCCUACCCCAUUAAAAGUACGGGAACAUCCAGUUUGGGGGCCUUAUGUUGUUGAUUUAAGUACCCAUAUCGUCAAGUCAUAUGAAGAACUUCGUAACUUCUUAAUAUUAGGCAACAGGAAUAGAGCAACAGCAGCAACUUUGAUGAAUGAAAAAUCAUCUCGAUCUCACAGUAUAUGUUCAAUUGAACUCUGCUUAUCCAACGGCUUAAAUGAAAGCAAUACAGGUAGAAGAAGCAAAGUCAACUUAGUAGAUUUGGCAGGUAGUGAAAGAUUGAGUUCAUCUCACAAGAAGGAGGAUCAAAUAAAAGAAGGAAUGUUCAUAAAUAAAUCCUUGCUUACUUUAGGGAAGGUUAUUUCUACUUUAGCAGAUCAAAGAAAAAACCAAUUUGUACCUUAUCGAGAGUCUGUUUUAACUUGGCUCUUAAAGGAAAGUUUGGGUGGAAAUUCAUUAACUUCAAUGUUAGCGACUAUAUCUCCAGCUAGCACACAACUGGAAGAAACCUUAUCGACCCUAAGAUAUGCAUGCCAGGCUCGUUCUAUUAUUAAUAGAGCGAGAAUCAAUGAAAGUCCACAUGAUCGCCUUGUAAGGGAAUUACGAUCCGAAGUUAAAAGAUUAAGAGAAGAUUUUGAACAAAAUUCAGUAGCAACAUCCAUGAGUUGCAAUGAUAGCAAUGAAAGUCAGCUUGAACAGCUAAAGGAAAAACUGUUAGAAACUGAAAAUAAAUUAGUAGAAGCGCAAAAGAGUUGGGAACAAAGAUUUAAGGAUUCAAAAAGGUUACAAAUGGAAGAGUUAGCAGAAGCUGAAAAACACAAGGCGGAAUUAGAAUCGAAGUUUAGAAUAUUUCAAAGUCUUGAUGACAAUAUUAGUGUUUCACCAUAUAAAUCCAACUUUCUUGAAAAACUAGAAAAUGUUUUAAUAGAAGAGAAUAGGGUCUAUGAAAGUAACUUAUUAAAUAUUAAAAACUGGUGUACCCUUAAUGGGCUGGUGUGCGUAUUGAAUUUAGAUUCUUUACAAAUUAUUGAUUCUUCAUCAAAUCGAGAAACAAAAUUGCCUCUUUCGACAUUAAAUUUUAAAGAAUAUGCAAAUUUUGAUGACUUCAGUGGGAUUCUAAUUUGGGAGGAAAGAAAAAUAGUUAGAAAAUUGACUAAAACUGAAGUUGUUACUUCAAUGAACCAAAUUUACCAACUUUUAUCAAAUUUAAAACCAGUAGAAAACGAUAAUUUAAGUUUAUUGUAUGCUAAAGUCAAUAAAAAUUUGCAGAGUUUUGAGACAGCUUUGCUGAAUGAUAUUAAAAAUAAUACAAAAAGUGUAACCUUUGACCUUUGAGAUGUAUAUUCUCAUACAUGUAAUAUAAAUUUGACUUUUUGAGAAUUUUAUUUUAUUAAAACUAAUACCUGGCGUGUGUGUGCCUAAAGGUGAGUCUGGCUAAAAAGACUUAUUUAGGUUUGUUAAACUGCUUGUAGGUUUAUGCUACUUGUGCACCUAAGGCUGAAUAACGGCAAGUGCUUAAAUUUAAAAAAGACUGCUUUAGUAACAAGUAUCGUAUUUGCAGAGGAUGCGCAGAAAAAAAAGACCGCGUUGAUGGUGGAUGAACUCAUUUAAAAGCAGAAAUCGUUACAGUGAUAAAAACGAAGAGUGGUUGAAGCGCAAUACCUGGAACAUGAUUUUCUCGUAUUAAUGGCGAUAAUUUAUAUUGCAAUAUAUAUUUAUAUUAAACAUAAAAAUAAAACUAACCCAAAACAAGAAAACACUCCCACGUAACGACCUCACGCGAUGUGGAAUUUAAGACUAGGCUGAGAAUGUCGUUAAGACCCCAUAAAUCGAACUCAUGACUUGAUCGCUUGAAAAGAAAAUCUUAAGACGGUCUUCACGCUCUUUACAUCAGUGCUAGAUCGUGAAAAGAUGACUCCAAUCACUUUUUCUUUUACUAAGGCGAAUUGACGGUUCGUCCAUCAUUACUCCGUUGAAUUUGUGCUAAUCGUCUGCGACAGUAAACCGGUCCAAACUAUACGCUCAUUUCAAAAGCAGUUGUUUACGCUUAAUAUGACUAAA